AAUUCAUUAAUCCUUUCAAAAAUGACUUCUUCAAAGCUAAGGCGUUCUUGUUCCUUCCCAAUUCUUCUACUUUCCUUUCUUAAUUUCAUCCUCUUUAUUCUUUCUGCAGUCUCUGUAGCUCCCAUACUUUUCCUCACAACUCCACCAACUUCACUUGGUUGGUCUUUCCUCAUGGUUUCUGCCAUUUCAAUUCUUUCUUGUUUCAUUGGUUUCUACUCCCAGCUAACUCAUUGUUGUUUCAUCACCCACCUCUCCCUUCUCAUGGCAUCGUGCAUCGGACAAUUACUUGGCAUUUUAGCCUUGUUCACAAAGGAAAAAUCGAGUCUUUUGAUGCUGAAAUCACCAAGAGACCCAAGAGAAGCAAAGGUUUUGGUGAGAUUGGAAUGUGGGGUUUUUAUGUCCAUGUUUGUGAUGCAAUUAGGAGUGUUGAUUCUGACUUGUGCAGUGCAGAGUUGUUGGGUGAGAGAUUAUGAAGGUCUUGAGGCAGAGAGAGAGGCAUGGUCAAGGAAGAGAAAUCAGAGAAUUGCAAAAGUUCAACAAGAGUCCAUGGCAAAUGCAAACAAGAUAUCUGAAAUGAAAGCUAAGGAGUUGGAUGAUAAGAUUAACAACAAAUAUGGACAGUGGAUAAAAAAUGACUUUGAAGGCUAAAUAUGCAUUCUUGUUCUGAUGAUGUUAUUGAGUCACUACUAGGUGGCUAUAUCUGCGAUUUCGUGAUUGCGUUUUAUUCGUGUAAAGCCUUGUUACAAUUUACUUUUAUCUUGAUGUAAAAUUUGUGCCAUUUAAUUAUGCACUCGUUCAAAAUUCUUCAUUUCCUGUGGGUUCAGAGAUGCUAAAAUAGUAUGCUCAUAAUGAAACUUUUCAGUCAUCA